GCUUCUUCAAACCGCCAAGUCCAAUGCCCUAACUCAUUAGCUUCCCGUCUAAGUCUGCAUCUCUCUGCCCUGCGAGUACAGAAGCUCUUGCGCCGGUGUGGGAUUUGAGGAGAUGAGCGGUAAGGCGGUGAUCGGGCUGUCAUGGGAACCGAAGCUUCUCGGGUUGGCACAAUCGUCGUCGUCGGCGUCCACUGCGACAACAUCAGGGGGCAAGUCCGGGACCCCGGAGGCUCAAAGUACCGUCCUUUGGAGGCCUAACUCGGAGCUUGUUGACGGGCUCUUCGUCCCUCCCAACAACCCUAGGCAGCUUAACAAGCUGUUAAGGAAGCAGGUCAAGGACACCGCCGGCUCUAGUUGGUUUGAUAUGGCUGCCCCUACUAUAACUCCUGAGUUGAAGAAGGAUCUUCAGCUGCUAAAGAUGAGGAAUGUUAUUGAUCCAAAGAGGCACUACAAAAAAGGCGAUUCUAAAUCAAAAACCAUGCCCAAGUAUUUCCAGGUGGGAACAGUGAUAGAGUCUGCUGCAGAAUUUUUCAGCGGUAGACUAAGUAAGAAGGAGAGGAAGGCUACUCUUGCAGAUGAGCUGCUGUCUGAUCAGGCGCUAAAGGAUUACAGGAAGCGUAAGGUUCAGGAGAUUGAAGAACAGAAUAGACCUGCAGGAAACGAGAAGUGGAAGAUAAGAGGCCGGCAGUCGAUGAAGCGUGCAAAGCAACGAAGGCACUGAAAUAAUUCGAGACCUUUUCUAAAUAUUUUGCGGGAUCAUUGUAACAAUUAUCAGGAAGACUCAAUUUAUUUUAGGAGGAACAGGAGAGCAGCCAUAUCAUUCAUCUCCGUUGCAGCAGCCGAGGAGCGAUGCACUUAUUGGUCAGAAUCGACAGAUUGGCAGAUACCUUAAUUCCUGUUGUGCAAUCUUGUGUCUCUGGGAAAUCAUAAUGCUAUUAAAUUCUAUUCGCCUUUUUCUUAAUGAAAUAUCGUUUGAAUAUCAAUUUGGUUUUAGGGACCAUUGUGAUUAAACAUUUGUUAUCGCUCA